GACCGCGAACAUAGUAACUACGAUUCGAUUCGGCUGGAACGACAUCCAUUAGACGCGAUGAGUACAUCGAGGGCCAUCACGUCUUACUUCUACGAACGGAAGUGCUACCUGUGCGAGCGUCGCACCGUUUAUCCGGAGGUGCCCAAGAGAACGCCGCAGAGAGUGAAAUUCACGUUCGCCGAGCCAAACAGAAUGCUGAGAUCAGCCUCACCGCGAUACCCUACCAGAGGUGGGUCAGACGUUCGAGUGAUUCGUUUGACGGCGGACCAAGAGGCGGUUCUUCAGGAGCAGUUUAACAGAUGGCCAAGAGCACCUCACACGGCGGAUGUCGUUCUGCUAGCAGCCGAAACCGGCCUGUCCGAGGAGGACGUCGAGGCCUGGUACGGGAUUCGACUGGCCCAAUGGAGGAAGGAGCAGGGCCUGGGUGGAAAUCUCGGCUUGCAUUGAAUACCGAACGUUGCGACUUCUCCAACGUGACUCGUGUACCUGAAACUUUUAAUUCGUAUACGGACUGCGGCGAACCGACCAACGACGAUCUAUUUCUUUCGCUUUCAGCUUACAGACGCGCGACCGUAGCGUUCCGUAGAGAACAUUAACUUGGAACGUACGCGACGCGUCGAUUUUUAUUUAUGUUAAUUGUUAAGCGUUGCGGGCGACGGUACCAAAAAGAAAAAAAAAAUAGAAACAAAACGAGACGCGACAGGGCGGAGUUGUAGUUGUUGUAGCUUUUUCUUAACUUUAACGGUGUCUAGUUGUUGUGUCUGAAAUGCUCACGAUUCCGUUUGGAUCGUUGCGAGGGACAAUCGAAUUAACUAAUAUUAUUGUAACUUUACCAAGAUGACAUUACCAGCGAGUAUUAAUCGUAGCGUACGUGUGUAAUUAAUGUAUGACCCGAUACCGGGUCGCGGAUAAAAUUGCAUUACUUGUAAUAUUCGUAACCGAAAAGCGGGUACUGUAAUCAAAAGAUUGAUGCUUCUGGAUAGUUGUGCUAAUAAGCCUCACGACGAACGUAUAAGAAUACACGAAUUCGAAUAGAGACAUGUUUGUAUAACUCAGUUACUCGAAUAAACGUUAGAAAAAUUUACUGCGUA